AUGUCUGAAGAAGAAAUCGUGGAUAUAGAACAAGAAUUAAGUGAUCUCUUAACUAAAGUCCAACCCAACCUGCAAGAUGUUAUCAAAAGGAGUUUUACAAAUGUGGCUCUUCAGCAGACGAAGAAUGGUGAACAAAUCAAACCAGACACACUGGGUGACACCUCCUAUUUCGCAAAAAACACUCAAGUGAACCUCUUCCGUUUAGAACUUGUGAAGGCACCUACAUUCCACAUGCAGGCUCUGUCAUUAGAUUUGAAAUCCAUGAUUCUUACAUUGCGAUGUUCACUUGGGGAGGUCAAUGUAAAGGGUCUGUACAGUGCAUUUAAUGAGAACUUGUAUAAUCUCAUUCCUGUAAUGGCUGAAGGACAUGUUGUAAUAUCAUUGUCGAACAUGAUCGCAGAUGUAAGGGUUGGCCUAGUGCUCGAAGAUGAUGCAUUCUCAUUCAUCAAUCCCGGCAUUGAGUUCACACACGAUGAAGUCCUUGUAAAGUUGUCCUGGCCAUCUCCACAACGAAGUGGCGGUUACGAAUUCGCUACGACCGAGCAGCUAGCUAAGCACAUAGAUGAUCUGCCUCUAACGGCGGCAGUGUCCCUGCCUCUGUACGCUCUGCUGAGGGAGAAGCUACAGCUGCACCUAGCGCUGGUCCUGCGCCAGGCUACCAGCGUCUCCGAGGUCAUGUGCUGUAACCCGUCGCUGAUGGAAGCUUACAGCGGUAUGAUUGACGGGCUGGCUCGGAACGGCAACAAGGUGGUGGACAUGAUUCUCAUCAACAUCCGCCGCACGCUGCUGCAGAGCUGUCGGGAACUACUGCAACUGCCACCGCUCCACGCUACCUUCAUGCAUAAAAUAGGAUCAUUAUCGUUUAUCGGCAAGUUUGAGACGGACACGGGCUGGGUAAAGAACCUGGCGACCAUCAACCGAAUCAGUGACGUCAGCGUCACACGACCGGACCCCAUGAAGACCAGCUUCUACGUCACGUUGAGGAUAAAAGAUUUGCAAAUUGGUUACGACGAAUACCGUAUCCGCGCGAUGGGCGUGUCGUGCGCGGGUCGCGCGGCCGCGGCGCUGCACCGACACUCGCUGCACCUCGCGCUCACACUCGGCCUCGCGCACUGGGAACCAUACGCACAGCUCGACCAUCUACGAGUGCACAACUUAGAUUGCGCAGACUUACACGUAACGGGUCUCGGUCCGUUGAGCGGGGCUUCGAGCCUCGUAUGCGCGUGGUUACGCGGCGCCUCCACCUCCCUGGCAGCGCCCGCGGUAUCUGCGCAGAUACAGCACGAGUUACACACCGCAUUACAAGAACUACCUUUAUGGGAUCUGCUACAUGCCAAACACUGA